GAUCCUGGCUACCUGCCUCCUGCUGCGCUUAGUGGGGACAGUUGGCAGCAGCUAGCCAGUCAAACACUUGAGACGUGAAACUGGAAGCAAUGAGUAGACAAGGUUUUGGCGGGGCUUCUGUGCACUUCUCUCCUAGUAUACUAGGAAAUGGAUUUUCACCCACAGAUCUGACAGAGGAGGACUUCGAUGCUCUACGUUAUGAACUUACAAAGACAGAGGAUGAAAUUCAGACCUUGAGGCAGGUGCUUUUGGCCAAAGAAAAAUACGCAGCAGACAUCAGAAGGCAGCUAGGAAUGAGUUCACUCACUAACAUCAAACAGAGCUUAUCCAAAGGCUGGCAAGAGGUCCAGACUUCAUCCCCAUAUAUCACAGCCUCUGCAACUCUGGAUGACAUCAGCCACUCCAGUGUAUAUGUGAGGACGCGGGACAGUCUCUCUCAUGCAGGCCAGGUGACAUCUGCUGCAGUGUCCAGUGUGGGCAUGGCCAUCACCAGGAGACUGGCACAGAUGAGAGCUCUGCCUCUUCCGAGCCCACCACGCACCCUGAGCCACACCAUAAGUGUCCCGAGUAUGAGACAUUCCUCCACGUUCAGGUCUUUUGAGGAUAUGGUUGGCAACAUGAAGGAUAAGGUGACUGGCAACACGUCAAAUAACGGAAAUGCAUCUGGGUUUGAAAGAAGAGCCCAUCGCCACAGUCAAUGAGAUGAACCCGUCUAAUGUCAUUAAUGAUUUUCAUACCUUGUAAAGUUAUGCAAGAAUAUUAUUUUGCUCCCUGUCUGUGUGAAUUUAUUAUUCGACUGUUAAUUAAAACAGAUUGUCUAAUAGUAUGGAUUAAAUUUGCUUAUUUUUAAUAUGUAAUACUCAGUUUCAUAACUGUAAUUUAUUUUGACAUAUGUGUGCAGUGACUCAUGCAGAAAUCAGCUGUAUUAUUUGAAGUAUUUUUUGUAAUUGAAGAUUUUUCAAUUAAAGUCAAUAGA